AUGCAAUCACCUCCUAGCAAAUCUCGAUUGACCCCACCCGCCCUCUUUUUUCCGCAAACCGGUCCUGUGGCUCCAGCUACUUCGUCAUCAUGGGCUACCGCCCAACACCCCAGUCAUCACCAGUCUAACUACAACUACAACUGCGCAUGGUCUCGGACACCUAUGUUCCCAACGCCUGGUGAACAGGAUCAAACACUUGAUAAUGUUACUAGUAUAAUCACGGAAUGGGAAAGGCGGACACCAAACAGCCUGACUCCUCAUCAGUCGAUACCAGACGAAAACUCUGCGCCACAGCUGCCAACGAACUCAGAAUAUACUAUGUCAUGGCAUAAUCAUUCGAGCGCGGAUUCCAUGGUGACCGAUAACUGCGACUUCGACUCCCUCCCGAGGAAGAAUUUUGCGGAAGACCACGCCCAUUCAGAGUAUGAUGAUGGAGGGGGCGAUGACGACGAAAGCGAUGAAGAGCUAGAGGAGCUUGAGGACGUGAAGGAGGAUCAGCAUGAACCAUGCAUUACAAUGGCAUGCCGGCUUCUUUCGUCUCUGUCCCAAUUUGUACGCUGUGACUGUGAAAAUGGAUACACGCGCAACAACGGCAGUGUAUCCAAUUCUGGCGACCAGCGUAAACCUCUCACCCCAGGAGAAGAAGCCCCUCCAAGCCACAGUAUCUUUCGCUUGACCCAAUCAGCCACGGAUAAUGUAUCUCGAUUGCUGAAUUGCACAGGAAUUGCCUGCACCCAGGAUGCGUCCACGCUUCUGGUGCUAGGUGCAGUUCUUUUCAAAAUCCUCACUUGGUACCGGGCUCUGUAUCAAUCCGAAAUUGACAGGCAGCUUUCGUCAGUCUCCUUGCGGGCACAACCGGGCGCUAACCCCACUCGCCCGCCAGUCAAAUCCAAUCAUUCGACCAGUAGCCGGUCGAGCAAUCGGCUUGACCUGCCACGACAGGUCGGUGGGACAGUAGAUUCAUUGUAUGCCGUCCCAUUGACCAUCCCGCUGAGCAUUGGGAACUUUGACCUCCCGCAUGCUACAGAAAGGAAGAUGAAGGCUCAGUUGUUGCUGUGCCAAUUGCAAUCUUUACACCAGGUAUGCCAGAAUCUUGAUCGACGGGUCCAGGGUGCAGAGCAUAUGCGGGGAGAGAAGAAAGCGUGCGAAGGGUCCAGCGCGCAGCUCCUAGAGCAAGUGGCCGAAUUGCGACGUAUCUUGACAGUGGUAUGUACGCAGGCGCCAACAGAAUAG